AUGAAUACGAUAAUCAUUCUAACGGAUACCAUUGAGUCAGAGCAUCAAACUAAGAAAAUUCCUCCAAGAACACUAACAUCAGCCAACACAGCAUUCGACAAAUACAAGCGACUACUAUCAUCAAGGCAGAAAGAAAAGCAGCCCGAUAUUAUACGUCAAGAGCCACAAGAAGCACUUCUCAUUAUGCCGGAUACAACAGUUACAACCCCAAAGACAUGGGUUUGCCCCACUAGACACGGGGAGACGAAUGAAUUCCUGGUCUCCAUGGACAAAUCACUGCUUUCAAUUGCCAUGAUGAAUGAAGAAUUCGAAAAAGACUAUAUAUACUGGGCCAAAUCUAUGCCCAAGGAAGCACUACAGACGGCUAUCGACUCCUCGCUUUGUUUCGGUCUAUUCGAGCGAAUCCACGAUCCUACGGCAGAUUGCGUGGACCAUGAAGCAUCCAAAAUAGCACUUCCAGAACAAUCUUCCCUUCUGAAGCAGAUCGGGUUCGCCCGCUUGGUCACAGACAAUGUAACAUUCUUCUACCUUUCUGAUGUGUUCGUCAUGCCCGAGUACCAAGGAAAAGGACUGGGUUCAUUUUUGGUCCAGUGUAUCAAGGAGGUGCUGGAUGGCAUGAAACACUUGCGACGAUUCAUUCUGAUGACUGGUGACAAGAAUACGGGAAAGUACUAUGAGAGACUGAUGGACGUUAAAAUGCUGGGUGAGAUUGGGAAUGCGUAUAUCCUGGGCCGCAAGGGCCCGGGGAGCUGUGUAUAG